AAGUAGUCAAGUAGUAGUAGUAUGUGACAAGCUCCACGGUCUGCUUUCUGGCUUUUCCUUCCAAUAAACAUCAGGGUGCGAAUCUGAGUAGUUCCUUGCUCAAGACCACGAAGCAAGAGCGAAGCAGAACCGGUUUUCAAUUCAUCGAAACUCUUGAAAAGUUCCUUUGCUUUUACAGCGAAAGCACCUGCCAACAAAUUGGAACCAUAAUCCCCUCCAUCUGCCUCGCUCUCUAUCUGACUGCGCGCGUGCUCGUCGCAAACCAUGUCCAUGCUGUCGCUGCAGCUGCUUCUUCUCCCGCUCGCCUCCUUCCUGCGCACGGCUGCAUCCAGCACCGGCAGCAACGGGAGCUGCGCGCCGGAGUCAUGCGGGGACCUCACCAUCAGGUACCCCUUCUCCCUCGCCGGCGUGCAGCCGCUCUACUGCGGCUACCCGCCCUUGGACCUCACCUGCGAGGCCGGCACCGGCCCCGCCUACCUGAGCAACACGUUCAGGGAGCACCUGUUCCGCGUCGACAACAUCUCCUACGCGGACAACUCCAUGGUGGCCGCCGUGCAGACAGCCUUCGCCGGCGACACCGGCUGCCCCGUCCCCGACUUCAACGUGACGGCCAGCCUCGCCCUCUUCCCGUUCAACAUCAGCGCCACCAACAAGCGCCUCGUGUUCUUCUACAACUGCGCCGUGCCCGCUGAGUUCUUGCUGCGGCGGAAGUGCGCCAACCACACGAUGGGGGCGUACAUCUCGAAGCGCAGCUGGGGCGCCGGCGAAGGCGGCACGCCACCGCAGGGGGUUUCCACCAACUGUAGCUCGGUGAGCGUGCCGGUGCGCCGAGGAAUGGAGCCAGCUCAGCUGCACUACGACUACGUGCGGCUGAUCAGGGAGGGAUUCCUCCUGAAGCUGCCGCCGGUGCUGGGAGACUGCGACCGAUGCAGACAGAUGAGCUGCGGGGAGUGCAGGUUCGAUCAGUUCUCGUUCAAGUGCGUCUGCGGCCCCGACGGGAAGCUCUGCCCCAAUUCCACCCAACCCAGCUCACCAACUCCUCCAGAUACAGGUACAGGUGCAAAGGAUGUUGGAAUAAAGUAUGUCACAGGAAUCACAAGUGCUGUUCUGUUUGUCAUCAUACUGGGACUCGUGUGCCAUCUCAUACAACUCAAUCGAGCCAAGAACAAGAAACGAUCUGCGUCAGUGGACGGCCUCUUCCGUGAAGGAUCGCCGCUGGCAUCGCUCCGCAAGGAGUUCAACGGCCUUGCCGGCUCGCCGUGCACCCACAUCUUCACCUACGAGGAGCUCGACGCGGCCACCGACGGCUUCGGCAACGCCAAUGAGCUCGGCGCCGGCGGCUUCGGGACACUCUACAAAGGGGUUUUCCGGGACGGGAGCGUGGUGGCGGUGAAGCGGCUGUACAAGAACAGCUACAAGGGCGUGGAGCAGUUCGCCAACGAGGUGGACAUCCUCUCACGCCUGCGCCACCCCAACCUCGUCGCGCUCUACGGCUGCACCUCCUCCUCCCGCGACCUCCUCCUCGUCUACGAGUUCGUCCCCAACGGCACGCUCGCCGACCACCUCCACCACGGCAAGGACGGCGGCGGCGACACCCUCAUGCUCGCGUGGCCGACCCGGCUCGGCAUCGCCGUCGAGACGGCCGCCGCGCUGGCCUACCUCCACGCGCACCAAGUCCUGCACCGCGACGUCAAGACGACCAACAUCCUCCUCGACGACGGGUUCCACGUCAAGGUGGCCGACUUCGGGCUGUCCCGGCUGUUCCCGGCCGACGGCGCCACGCAGCACGUGUCCACGGCGCCGCAGGGCACCCCCGGGUACGUCGACCCGGCGUACCAACGCCGGUACCAGCUCACGGACAAGAGCGACGUGUACAGCUUCGGCGUGGUGCUCGUCGAGCUCGUGUCCUCCAGGCCGGCGGUGGACAUGGCCCAGGCCGACACCGACGUGAACCUGGCAUGCAUGGCCGUGCGCAUGAUACAAUGCUGCGAGAUCGACCGGCUGGUCGACCCGCGGCUCGGGUACGGGUCGUCGGCGAGCGAGACGAAGGGGACGAUCGACAUGGUCGCCGAGGUGGCGUUCCGGUGCCUGCAGCCGGAGCAGGACGUGCGGCCGUCCAUCGGCGAGGUGCUGGACGUGCUCAGACAGGCUCAUCACAGCAUUACCGAGAAGGUGACCUGCGCGUCCACUGAUGGCGCGGUGUUGGUGAAGAAGAGCAGAGACGGAUCGCCUGACUCCGUGAUGAACCAGUGGAUCAGCCCAUCAACCACCUUCAAUUAUAGCAGUUGAUAGAGCGGGAAAUACACAGAUGUGAACCAAACACGCCCUUUGGUUCCUGGUUGUAUAUACACCCUAUACAGAGAUUUUAUUUUAAUAAUUAAACAAAAAGUCAAAAUAGUUUAAAAGUA